AUGGAUCCGCCGAACAACCCCCCAGCUUCGUCGCAGCAGCGCGCACAGCAGAACCCUGUUUAUGACACCUCUCAUGGCGGUCAUUAUGGUGCCAGCGCCGCACUUGCUGCUCAAGGAUACGCGCCCGUCGCUGAAUUCUAUACCGGCGCAUGGGCAAAUGUCAAUCAGGGAUUGCACGGCACCUACAAAGAUAUUCUUACAACAUACUGGCAACACAUAAUCAGCCAUUUGGAGAGUGAGACACAUGACUACAAACUGCACCAGCUCCCGCUGGCACGCAUCAAGAAGGUCAUGAAGGCGGACCCUGAAGUUAAGAUGAUAUCUGCGGAAGCACCCAUCUUAUUUGCAAAGGGCUGUGAUAUUUUUAUUACUGAGCUCACUAUGCGCGCUUGGAUACACGCUGAAGAAAACAAGCGUCGAACACUCCAAAGAUCAGAUAUUGCAUCAGCCUUGGCAAAAUCAGACAUGUUUGAUUUCCUUAUUGAUAUUGUGCCCCGUGAGGAGGCUGCUUCUGCGAAGAGAGCCACUGGGCAGCCCACUCCAGCACAAGGAGUCCCUGGCGCUCCUACCGGCACAGCAAUUCCUCCCCAGCACGCAAAUAUCCCGCAACAACCUGGUCCUCAGCAUAACAUGCCUCCUCCCCCAAAUUACGCUUUAGGUGGUCAUGGCCUUGCUCCAGACCAAGAGUAUCCUCAGCAACCCAUGUAUCCCACCCCUGGUCAGCCUGGUCCCGGUGCCACAUAUGGCGGUCCUGGUCAGAUGUACAACGAGAUGGAAGGCAUGUAUGCUUAUCCUCCAAUGCAGGCUCAACAGCAAAUGUACCAUGUCCAGCAACGUCCUCAAGAUCCUUCUGUCGGCCAUGAUGCUGGCCACAACUACUCGCGCAAUGAUGGUGGUGAGGGAGAUGCUGAUGCGGAAGGCGAGAGAGAUUACGAGGUCGGCUAA